ACAAAGGGCGUAGCUUGCCUACUGGCUACUCGACCUCAAUAAAGUCCCAGUUUUGACCAAGAAAUUCCUUGAAAUCAGAACUUGAUACACAAAGAUGAGUGGAAUAGCAGUUUCACCAUCAAACCAUUGGCACCUCCAAACCCAAAACACCCCAACAAAACUAAGAAACAGAACAAUCAAUCCGAACUUAUUUGUUCAAUUCAAAAACAAGCAAAAUCCAUCAAAUGGAAGACACCCAGUUCUCUCUUUUGCCAUAGAUCCCUCCAAGACACAAACCCCAAUUGCCAGCACAAGCCCACCACCGCUUGUUGUUGUUGGAUCAGCCAAUGCGGACAUCUAUGUGGAGAUUGAUAGGCUGCCGCUGGAGGGUGAGACCAUCUCAGCCAAGACUGGCCAGACGCUUGCUGGUGGCAAGGGUGCCAACCAGGCUGCCUGUGGUGGCAAGCUCUCUUACCCAACCUAUUUUGUGGGGCAGGUGGGUGACGAUGCUCAUGGCAAGUUGAUCACUGAGGCUCUGGAAAAUGGUGGGGUGCGUCUGGAUUAUCUUAAAACUGUGGAUGCUGCACCCACUGGGCAUGCUGUGGUGAUGCUCCAGCCUGAUGGACAGAACUCGAUCAUCAUUGUUGGUGGUGCCAACAUGAACUGUUGGCCUGAGCCCCUUCCUGAGAGGGAGUUGGAGGUGGUGAGGAAUGCAGGGAUUGUUUUGCUGCAGAGGGAGAUUCCGGAUUCGGUCAACAUUCAGGUUGCUAAGGCUGCAAGGAGUGCUGGUGUUCCAGUCAUCAUGGAUGCUGGGGGAAUGGAUGCACCGUUCCCGCCAGAAUUGUUCCAUUUUAUUGAUAUUUUUAGCCCAAAUGAAAGUGAACUUAGUCGUCUGACUGGAAUUGCAACUGAAAGUUUUGAACAGAUUACUCAAGCUGUCCUAAAAUGCCAUAAAAUGCAAGUUCUUGUGAAACUCGGACUCAAAGGGUCUGCCCUAUUUGUAGAAGGUGAUGAACCAAUUAAACAGCCUGUCAUAACAGCAGCCAAGGUCCUGGAUACUACAGGAGCAGGAGAUACAUUUACUGCUGCUUUUGCUGUGGCUCUUAUGGGGUGCAAGUCCAGCAAGGAAUCCUUGAAAUUUGCUGCCGCAGCUGCUUCUCUUUGUGUUCAAGUGAAGGGAGCUAUUCCUAGCAUGCCCGAUAGGAAAUCAGUUUUGGAUCUUCUUCAUUCUCUUUGAGUUUGCUGUUGUAUUAGGCUAGCUACAAUUCCUCAGGGUCAGCCUGCAGGAAAAGCCGGAGUAUUACCCAUCUUUGUAGAGAGUAUGCUUUGCACGGGUUAUAGAUUUACUUAACAUGGAUGGAUACAUGAAGUGAUCCUACCUUGGAGAGAUUUGACAACUUUCUUUCUUUGCUACAGUUGGGUUUUAUUUUAUUUUUUCCUCGACACUCUUUGACUAGACUAGACGGAAGUUUAUCUUUUGGAUCUCAGAUUUAUCGGUGCUUUUCUUUUUACCUUUACAAAAUCUUCUUUCCUGGAAAUAAAAUUUUUCUGAUUUUUCGUGUU